AUGGCCACUAGGACGAAGACAUCACAUCUUCCUAUGCUUCGUCUUCUUCUUUGCAUACUAUUUGUGAUUGGUCUUGUAGGAGCUAGAACACCACCAGGUGGUGAUAUGGGUCCGGAAAUUAGGACUCCACCCUCAGGAUCAUGUGGAGCUGCUAUAGCCAAAGAUGAUUCCCCACAAGUACAGGCCAUAAGACCACCAUGUAGAACUCCUCGGCAUCGUAAUCAAGAUAUGAGCCAUUCUACACUCCCUUGA